GCCGGGUGUUCCGGCCGCGAUCGGUGCAGCUCGGCCGGGAGACGGCGCGACCCGGCGGCGGGGCCCCCCGCGAGUCCAGCGCCGCCGCAGCCCCCCAAUGCGGCCGCGAGAAGCAGCGGGGGGGCAGGCGAUCGAAGCAGCCUCUAGAAGUGUCAUCUAGUGAUUAUGGAGGCGCCUUUGUCCUUUCCUUGACGGGAGCUGGAGCAAUGCUGACCUCCAUUUCCUGGACCCAUUCUGACUCAGGAGCCUUCACGUAAAUGGGUCCAGUCAUGCCUGCCAGUAAGAAGCCCGAAAGCUCAGGAAUCAGUGUAUCCAGUGGACUGAGUCAGUGUUACCGGGGCAGCGGUUUCUCCAAGGCCCUCCAGGAAGACGAUGACCUCGACUUCCCUCUGCCUGACAUCAGAUUAGAAGAGGGGACCAUGGAAGAUGAAGAGCUGACCAACCUGAACUGGCUGCACGAGAGCAAGAACUUGCUGAAGAGUUUUGGGGAGUCAGUCCUCAGGAGUGUGAGCCCCGUCCAGGACCUGGACGAUGACACCCCACCGUCUCCUGCCCACUCAGACAUGCCCUACGAUGCCAGGCAGAACCCUAACUGCAAGCCCCCCUACUCUUUUAGCUGCCUCAUAUUUAUGGCCAUUGAGGAAUCUCCAACCAAGCGCCUGCCAGUGAAGGAUAUUUACAACUGGAUCUUAGAACAUUUCCCAUAUUUUGCGAAUGCCCCUACUGGGUGGAAAAACUCAGUGAGACAUAAUUUGUCAUUGAACAAGUGUUUUAAGAAAGUGGACAAAGAGAGGAGUCAGAGUAUUGGGAAAGGGUCGUUGUGGUGCAUAGACCCAGAGUAUAGACAAAAUCUAAUUCAGGCUUUGAAAAAGACACCUUACCACCCACCUCCCACUCCUCAGGCAUAUCAAAGCACAUCAGGUCCACCCAUCUGGUCGGGCAGUACCUUCUUCAAGAGAAACGGAGCCCUUCUGCAAGAUCCUGACAUUGAUGCUGCCAGUGCCAUGAUGCUUUUGAAUUCUCCCCCUGAGAUACAAGCAGGUUUUCCUCCAGGAGUGAUACAAAAUGGAGCGCGAGUUCUGAGCCGAGGGCUGUUUCCUGGCGUCCGCCCCUUGCCAAUAACUCCCAUUGGGAUGACGGCAGCCAUGAGGAAUGGCAUCACCAGUUGCCGGAUGCGGACUGAGAGCGAGCCAUCGUGUGGCUCCCCUGUGGUCAGUGGAGACCCCAAGGAGGACCACAACUACAGCAGUGCCAAGUCCUCCAAUGCCCGGAGCACCUCGCCUGCCAGCGACUCCAUUUCUUCCUCCUCCUCAGCCGACGACCACUAUGAGUUUGCCACGAAGGGGAGCCAGGAAGGCAGUGAGGGCAGCGAGGGAAGCUUCCAGAGCCAUGAGAGCCACAGCGAGACAGAGGAGGAUGACAGGAAACCUAGCCAGAAGGAGGCCAAGGAUGCCCUGGGGGACAGCGGCUAUGCAUCCCAGCACAAGAAGCGCCAGCACUUGGCCAAGACCAGGAAGGUCCCCAGUGACACGCUGCCCCUCAAAAAGAGACGCACAGAAAAGCCCCCCGAGAGCGACGAUGAGGAGAUGAAAGAGGCAGCCGGGUCGCUGCUGCACUUGGCAGGGAUUCGGUCCUGUUUGAACAACAUCACCAAUCGGACGGCAAAGGGACAGAAAGAGCAAAAGGGAACCACGAAAGAUUGAAACAAGUCACUGAUUUGUUUUGAACUUACGGCCAUUUGGUUUCAGCAUGUCAGGAGGUUUCUAAUGAUUAGUGGCAAUAUCAGCAAUUUUUUCUUUUGUCUUUUGUUUUUUUCCUUUUGUUGGUUUGGUUUUCUUUCUUUUCUUUCCUUUUUUUUUUUUAAUUUGCCCCCCUCUCCUUUGUUUUUGGACCCUUAAGAAUUUUAUGUUUAAAGGAGAUUGAAGCCAUAGAACUCAUACUGACACUCAGCCGUUUUACAAAAGCUUUUCAUUAUCCGAAGACAAAAACUGACAAAAGCCAAAAUUAACCAUUGCUUCCUGCAGCCUGUCAGAAACCCGUGGCUGAAUCCACAGGGAUGUCAACGUUAAUGCCACCGGAAUACACGUAUGCCGCCUAGGAGGCACACAUGCAGAGUUGUCACUGCUUAGGCCCAACCCUUAGGUUUAAAAGUCAGGAUACCCUUGCAGUUGUGUUCAGAGUAAAGCCAGGGAAGCCAUUGGAGAGACUGAAGAGCCCCGGGUCCCCUAGAAGCAGCUCCAUGCCUUGGCACUGGCAUCCCACUGCCAGGAACACCCAUGGCAUUGCCAUGUGGGGCUCAGCCACCAGUCCUCUGUGCUUCGUAACCUUGAACCUGGUAACAUCUCACAAGUCGAACACUGGAAUAUUCAGAAAUGUCACCUGUUAGUGACUAAAGACAAAAAGGGGUAAAUUCUUAGAGCUGUUGCUAAUCAUUGAAUUCUGUUCUAAGUUAAGAAAAUGUUCCAAAAGCCAUAAGCCUGAGGUUGGCCCUUCACACAGACACACACACACACACACACACACACACACACAAAACUGAGAGAGAGCGCAUACAGAAAAUAAGCUGUGUCUUCUUAACUGCCCGUGACAAACAAUCAUACCCAAGAAAUGACAGUAGCUGUUAAGAAAGGAAAAAAUGGUACAGAUUCUUUUCUAUCAAAACUGUCUGAUCCAUGUUGGGGGGAGAGGGGGAGCUACAGAAACUGCCAUUAGUAUUGUGGUGUAUUUUUUAAAGAUUAAGGGCGCAUUGAUGGACAUGAAAAGCAAAACAGAGCAAACAAUACAACUUCAUACUGCCCUCAAAAAGGGUUUGUGAUUAAUGUCAGGACUCAAUCUUUGCAAAAAAUAAAUUUAAAAAUCAGUGAUUUCCACAUUUAGCCAGUGUAGCCAGCAGAAAUUUCUGACCCACAAUGCAUGGAUUCCUUUGAAGAAAAAGGAAAAAAAAGAAAAAGAAAAAAAAAUCACAAAAACAAACUUUUUUAAAUUCAAAAAUAACAAAGUUCUUGUAAGGUAAAUAAUGUAUUUAGCAUGAAGCAUGAAUUAUUUUAUAUAAAUAUAGCUACUAGAGAAAAGGCUAUGCCUCUAAUUUUUAAGCCCUUAGGCUUAGACCUUCUUUCUUUUCCUUUCUUUACCUUCCUUUUUUUUUCUUUCGUUGUUAUUUUAUUUUGGUUUUUUUGAAGCAGGUGUUUAAGGUUUAACCUUCUUCAGGGACAAAUUCUGACUGUUGGGGAACUUACUCUGCAAUAUAAAAAUAUCUUCAUGCUCUGGUAGGGCACUUGGAUGGUUGAACUCUACACUGCCUUGUCUGCACUCAGCCCCGACCCCCUCUGAUUCUCUACUGAAGAGUGUGUCCUUCUUUGUCUGUGUGUGUUUAACAUGACGCAAUAAUUUGAGGGCAAACUUAGUAGUGUGUAUGAUAGAAUCAAGAGAAUUAUGGGACGCUUACUUGAGAAAAUCAUUACCGUGAUAUGGUUCUAGGAAAAAGGCAGUGAAUAAUUAUGCAAAUUCACCAGAAGAAGGGGAACCAUGCUAAUGGGCCUUAUUGGGUGAGGGUAGGAGAUAGGGUCACCGGAAGGAGGAAGUGAUAAGGGGGUUAGAUGGGCCAGCCCCAGAUGUUCUAAGCUACUGUGCCAUUUUGCAGUCAGGAGGGGUUGGCCAUCUCUGCCGCCCUCAGCACAGUAACCACCCUGAAACUAAGACCACCUCGAUUGUGAGAGCUGAAUUUAGACAACUGGACCAUGUCACGCAGGCCAGAGACUCUUGUUACCUUUGCCAAAAAAAAAAAAAAGAAAAAUCUAAAGGGAAAUCUCUAAAAGGAUAUGGCCUUCCACCCAAAUGGAGGGAAGUUUUUAAAAACAAAUCACCCACUACCCAGGGUCUGAUGGUUGGGAAAGGGAGGGUGAUCUUGAUCUUUUUAAACAGGAUGAUGGUGGGCCUUCGAAGCUACACCCACCUGUUAGGACCAGCUACCGUGGCAACUGCCUCAGCCAGGACAGAUAGGGGGAUAUCUGGUACCUUCCCUCUACCUAUCCUGAGAGCAGCUGGGGAAAGAACCUAGAAAAGUCUACACCUGCAUGGCAGGUUAAAUUUACCUGCACACCUGACCCUGAACCUGAUCCCUUCCAGCAUGUUCAGGGUUGGUUCAGGGUUGGAUGGGAGCACAGGUAUGUUUUUGCAGCGCUCUGAUCCCUCUUUCCCCACAAACAUCUGACACCGGAAAAGCCAUCCACAGCGAUGGAACCUGAGCCACACCUUGAUUUGUGUUGCCACCGAACCAAGUCCAAAAGACCACCCUCCCUACCCCCAAGAUGACCGAACUCAGACUUCUCUCCUGAAGGCAAAGGUAACGAAUGGUCAGUGCUGUUUCUGGCAGGGGACUUCUUCCAAUGAAACCCCCACAUGGGCUGUCUCCCCUCAUUUCGUUUUUCUGAAGGGGCAGAGGCCUCUUUUAGAAAAUAAUAAAAUGCAAUGUGUGUGAUUUACUUUUCUGAUCUCUUUGAGAACUAGAAAACUAUCUUAUACAAGUGUGUUCUUAACGCCAGAACCACUCUUUUUGCAUAAAUACCUCAUCAGGCAGCUUUCUAAGUGUUAUUUUCCUGAGCCUCCCUUGGCACCUUUGUUGGAAUCUUCUGGAAGACUUGUUGGGGAAACUUUAGUAAGGGUACUCUUUUCUAUUUUCCUUCUGUUUUGGGAGGCAUACACAUUAUGCAUCACCAAAACAAUGGCUCAAUUGUGUUUAACUCUGUAUUUUGACUGUUGAGGCAAAAACCAAGUAUCAAUGUGUAUGUGGCUAUUUGUAGCAAAGUCUGCAGAAUGAGGCUGUCUGCGUCCUUAACAAGCCAGGGGGCAGGAGGCACCCCCUCUUUCCCCUCCUCUAAGAGCGGUAGAGAAUUUAAGCACAAGCCUAUUUGUGAAAGAAUAUUUUGCUUAAGUGUAAUUCACUUUAGUCUCAGAAUUCCUUCCCAAAUGUCAGGUGUUCUCUUGGCUUCCAAACUAGCCUGUGUAUCCAUUAGUCUAACAGAUCCGCCUGAGCAUCAUUAUGGGAUGUGGUGUUUUUGCUUUCAUUUCUCCUGCAGGGAGAAGUGGUGGUUCAUGUGUCAUUCCAGUAUCUCACAUACUCACAUGGGGCGGGGGGAGGGGGAACGGGGAACUAUAGCAAUAUUUACAGAUGCUUUGAAAACAACCGUGAACACGUAGCACCGUGACACCUACUUGCUAUUGGGCCCUUGGACACAUUUAAGAGAAAGAGACUGUUGCUCUUUUUUUCUUAGAUG